AUUUAUUUUGCAAUCUUCCCACCUAAAGCAAUUGGGGUUUAAUCAGUUUUUUAGAUAAAGUAGGAAAUUGUAAUGUUUUUUUCAUAACAUGAUCAUUGAUUGAUUUAAUAACACUUCAAGUAUGGAAUAAAUUUGUAACAAAAUAUUCGAUCAAUUUCUUUUUAUCUCGUAUAUCCAGUAUUCCGUUUGUUUUUAGACCGCCUCUUUUGCGGCCUUUUAGAAGACCGAUGAGAGCUUAAGAUUUGUCUUAGAGUCGUAGACGAAGUAUAGCAUUGAAUUCAAAGUUGGCCCGCGUGAGUAGCAUGUUUGUACUAUAUAGGAAAUUGAUGAAGGCGGGCGGCGUUCAUUCAAAUGCUGCGGGCGGGCGGGCACUACGACUCAUUCACAUUCUGAUUUCUUCCAUAACCAUAGUUGAAUUCCGUCCGUAGCUCCAUUGCGGCAACCGGCCUCCAUAGCUCAUGCGUGAUCCACAAAAAAUGUCCAAACGCCUACCAUCCCCAAUCCUCCUUACGCUUGCAGUUGUGCUCCUCGCUUUGCCCUUUCAUGGAAACACCCUGCAGACCAGCACCAACCCGGAAAGACCCAUUUUACUGCACAUUAAACAGCAUUUCUCCAACCCCACCCUCCUCUCUCACUGGACUUCAUCUGCGCUGGACCACUGUAACUGGCCGGAGGUCACCUGCGUGGAUGGCUCCGUCACCGGGAUCCGCCUGGUCGACCUCAAGCUCAACCAAACCCUCCCACCGUUCAUGUGCGACCUCAGAAGCCUCACACUUGUUGAUCUCAACCACAACUUCUUCUCCGGGCCUUUCCCAAUAUCCCUCUACAACUGUUCCAAUCUCCAGUUCCUGGACCUGUCCUUCAACUUCUUCAAUGGCUCCAUCCCCGCUGACAUUAACAGCCUCUCGCCCCAACUCAAGGUCUUCAACCUCUCCGCCAACUCCUUCGCCGGUUGCAUCCCGCCAGCCAUAGGAGCACUGCAACAGCUAAAAGAGCUUCGCCUAGCCAUGUCCUUCUUCAGCAGCGCCUCUUUCCCGCCCGAAAUCGGUGACCUGCUGAAUCUACAAGUCCUGGAUUUGAACGAUAACCCUUUUUCACCUCAGCCCAUCCCAUCAAGUUUCACAAAUUUGAACAAGCUGAGGAACCUUUGGAUCAGGAAUUCGAACCUGGUGGGAGAAAUUCCAGAGAACUUAUUCAGCAACACCACUACGCCAGCUUUGGAAUAUUUGGAUUUGUCUGGGAAUGGUUUGAGCGGUAACAUUCCUAGCGGCAUGUUUCUGAUGAAAAACCUUACCACAGUUUAUCUGACGGCUAACAGAUUGUCAGGUCAUAUUCCUCAGGCAGUUGAGGCUUUCAAUUUGAAUUGGAUUGAUUUGUCCAAUAACAGUUUGACAGGCGAAAUUCCCCAAGGUUUCGGGAAGCUCACAAAGUUGGAAGGCUUGUUUUUGUUCAUGAAUCAAUUGACCGGCGAGAUUCCAGGAAGCAUAGGGAGAUUACCAGCGCUGGGGGAUGUCAGGCUGUUCAUGAACAACCUUUCAGGGAAAAUUCCACCAGAGUUUGGUAGAUUUUCGAAGCUUCAAAGAUUAGAUGUCUCCACAAACAAUCUUGUGGGUUCACUGCCGGAGGGGUUGUGUGAUAACAAGGUGUUGGAGAGCUUCAUUGCUUUCCAGAACAAUCUCACAGGUGAGAUUCCAAAAUCUCUUGGGGAUUGCAGCGAUUCUCUGAUUAGCUUCAGAGUGGAAAAGAACCAGCUUUCUGGUAGGAUCCCAGAUGGUUUGUGGACAGCUAGGAAUCUGGAGAAAUUGAUGGUCAGUGAUAAUUUAUUUAUUGGUGAGCUUCCAGCAGAAAAGGUUGGGCCAAACUUGUCUCUAGUGGAAAUGGGCAACAACCGAUUUUCAGGUGAAAUUCCGGCUGGAGUUUCUAGCUGGAGCAAUCUGGUCAGCUUCAAGGCCGGCUAUAACCUGUUUAGUGGCGGAAUCCCAAACGAACUGACAGUGCUGGAACAGUUAUCAGUUCUUUGGGUGGAUGGGAACCAGCUUUCCGGGAGUUUCCCAUCAGAAAUAAUCUCAUGGAAGUCGCUCACCUCCUUGAAAUGCAACGGGAACCAUCUUUCUGGGGAAAUCCCGUCAGCACUCGGUCGCCUGCUAAACCUUAAUGAACUAGACCUCUCUGGAAACCAAUUCUCUGGAGAAAUCCCCCCAGAAAUAGGCCGUCACUUGAGGCUAACUUCACUCAACUUAUCAUCAAAUAACCUCUCGGGGGCAAUCCCGGCAGAGCUUGAGAAUGCAGCUUUUGAUAAGAGCUUCUUGAACAACUCUGGUCUUUGUUCGACCAACCCCAGUUCAUUCGGCCUCAGCAGGAAUUGUAGUAAGGAGAAAAGCCAAAAAGCAGAUGCGGGAUUUGUGAGAGUUAUAGCGAUUCUGGUGAGCACAGCAGCAGCCUUAGUCGUAGUGGCCAUUCUCUCCAUCGUGUUUGUUGCAGGAAGGAAGAGCAAUGAUAAGAGAAGACAGGAAGGACCCUCUCCAGAUUGGAAAAUCACACCGUUCCACAAACUGAGCUUCACGGAGUCGAACAUUGUUUCUAACCUAACAGAAAGCAAUGUGAUGGGCAGAGGGGCAUCGGGGAUAGUUUACCAAGUAGCACUAGUUGGGGCCUUGCAUAGUAGAGGGUGCGAAAAAGUUGCAGUGAAGAGGAUCUGGAACUGCAAGAGUUUGGAGAGGGAGUUUGAAGCGGAAGUGAAGAUACUGGGAACGAUACGGCAUUACAACAUUGUGAAACUAUUGUGUGGGAUGUCCAGCUCAGACUGCAAGCUUCUGGUGUACGAGUUCAUGGAGAAGAGGAGCUUGGAUCUAUGGAUCCACGCGAAGAGGAGGAGUAGCAAUUGGGCGGGCUCGCCUCCUACGGCAUAUCACUAUGAGGUGCUGCAGUGGCCCACCAGGCUGCGCAUUGCCAUCGGAACUGCCCAGGGCCUCUGCUAUAUGCAUCACAGCUGCUCCCCGCCCAUUGUCCACAGAGACGUGAAAUCAAGCAACGUGCUAUUGGACUCCGAGUUUAAUGCCAAGCUUGCAGAUUUCGGUCUGGCGAGACUGUUGCUCAAGCACGGGGAAGCCAACACCACGCUCUCAUCCGUAGCAGCUGGCUCUUUCGGCUACAUUGCUCCCGGUCAGUCACUCCCUCCCUCUCCCUCUCCCUAAAUUAAUCAACAAUUUCACCUCAAAUUGUAUUGUUUGUUGCACAUAUAUAAGGGAGGAGAAUGGGGCCGGAUAUAUAACUUUAGACAAGCAAACUGUGUUGCCCGAUAUUUAGGGAUACAACAGCAACAAGAACAUCCCUAAAUCCCAAAAGAAUGAAUUUGUGGUCGGCUAAAGUGAAUCUAUCUAUGAUAUCGAUCGAUGCCAAAAAGAGAAGGCGAACAAGAAAAAGAAAAAAAAAAGAUAAAAUGAAUAAAAUAAAGAUACAUAAAUAUAAGAUAACAAUAACACAAAAAUAUAAUCAACAUAAAAGAAAAUAAAUAAAAGAGCAUAAAAAAGCUAGAAGAUAAAAAUAACAUAAGAAUAUAAAAUGAUAAGGAAGAUAACCGAUAAAACAAUUAAAAGAGGAAAGGUAGACAAGACAUCAAUCGUCCAUAUGGAUGUGCGCCCUCCACUUUGCUCUUUCCAAAGUCAUACUCUCAUCCAACCCAAGAAGACGCAUAUCAGUUCUUAUUACUCUAAUCCAAGUCUGUUUGAGUCUUCCCCUCCCUCUCUUCUCUGACUCUUCUCCCCACCCUCAAGUCGUCUAACAGGUGCAUCACUCGGUCUUCUAUGCACAUGCCCAAACCUCCGCAAACGAGACUCCUGCAUCUUAUCUUCUAUAGGUGCUACUCCCACCUUUUGUUUGAUUACCUCAUUCCUCAGGCGGUCUUUUCUGGUGAACGAGUUGAGAGCAAGUAGUUGUGUAAGCCAAAGAGAGAGAUUCGGGACUGAAUAACCAAAGCACAGUGUUGAAGUGGAUCGGAGAUGAAGAUGAAAUGAAGCUUUGAGAUGGAGAUGGCAUAAUCCCAUCUGUCCUUCUUAUGUCGAAAUAAACGAUAUGGAAAGAAACAGUUUUUGGAGGGAGACCAACAUGAUUAAUUUGUUUUUCUAAUUCUCCAAAAAUAAAAUAAACCUAAAAGACUAAUACACCAUCAACUACCAAAUCAAAACUGGCAUUCUCUUCAUUAAGAUAGAUAUGUAUAAGGGACACACAUGAUUAAUUUGUAUUUUAUAAGGUAGGAAGACUUGGUAUGUAAUCCUUAAUAUACACAUAUGUGUGUGUCGGACAGACAAAAUAAAAGUUGAGGAUAUUUUUAUUGCAAAAUUUGGCAUAUUUUUAUAACAUUUGCAUGUAUCAUUUCUCCCUUGUAUUAAAUAAUAAUAAUAAUAAUAAUAAAACAACAACUUUAUCAUAAAAAAAACAACACCAUUACCGGAGGUUUCAGAAUAUUAUCAUCAACGGUGUGCAGUGGUUACUUAUAUGAUGAUGAUGAUGAUGAUGCGUUUCAGAGUAUGCUCACACAACAAAAGUGAAUGAGAAGAUCGAUGUGUACAGCUUCGGUGUGAUCCUGUUGGAGCUGGUUACAGGACGGGAAGCAAAUGACGGCAGUGAGGAGAUGUGCCUGGCGGAUUGGGCGUGGCAACACGUCCGAGGGGGGGAGGCCAUACACGAUGUGCUAGAUGCUAACAUCAAGAAGCCGCAGUACAUUAAUGAAAUGGAGGAUGUGUUCAAACUUGGGGUCUUCUGCACCACCACCUUCCCUUCUGCAAGGCCAACCAUGAAACAGGUCCUCCAAAUCCUGCUCCGCACCCAUCCAUCACCAUCUCAUGAGACGAAGAUCAUCACUGGAAGCGAGCGUGACGCUUCGCCGCUCCUCACCCAUUAUAUUCAAGCCUAGUUUUGGAUGAUGCGUGCCAUCAACAUCUUUACACAAUCAAUCAAUUCAUUAUUAUUGUAAAAUAAAACAUGGAUCCAACUGCAUACAUACAUAUCCACACGUCCGUAAACCCUUAAAUGCAUCUUCACCUACUCACCACAUCUGUAUAUGUUUAUACUAGCCAGGCCAAAUGUACCUUGUUUGGAGGGUUUUUAAUUUUUUUUCAACUUCAUGGAAACUAUUUCCAUGACUAGGAGUGGACCCGAUCCUACUCCGGUCCCAGUCAGUGCUACGGGUUUGGGCUGCUUCUAGGUACCAGGGAGGUCCGGUCCCGAGCCCGGAACCACCAGUCUGCCGAUUACCUGGUCGGGUACCCGGUCUUCAACCGAGACUCGAAAAAUGGACACGAUCCGAUCCCAAACGGUGCCCGGUUCUGGAUCGGGCCAGACUGCCGAACCAGGUCGACCCUUAUCCAUGAAAUACAGACUAAUGUCCCAUAUUCUUCUUCCCCUUUUAAUUUUGAAUAUUUGAUUGAUAUCAAAGACACCAUUCCAUGUUAGUAUUCGAAUUAGGGAAGCUCUCAAACUUAUCCUCGUAUCAUAUUUGAAAACUCAACUAAUAAUUUUUAUACAAUAAAACCAGGAAAUAUUAAAUCAUGAUGACUAGUUCGUACUUUUUUGUACAAAAAUAGUAACUUUUGAUUUUGCGCGUUAAAUUAUGUAAUAAUAAAAGGGAAAGUUCCCGAAAUAGGACUAAAACAUAUUCAAAAUUCUAAAAUAGGACUGUCAUGUUUUUUAUUCCCAAAAUAGGACUAUUUACUGACAUGUUUAGAAAAUACUGCCAUGUUUGAAGUCUGGUACUGCCAAAACAUGGCAGUAAUUAGUCCUAUUUUGGGAAUAAAAACAUGACAGUCCUAUUUUGGAAAUUUCAAACUGUUUUAGUCCUAUUUCGGGUAAUAUUUCAUAAUAAAAAAUAAGUAAGAUUGAAGUUGAUGGUACCAAGGACUGUGAUCAUGGCCCAAGUACGGACUAUAUGUGAAUAUACGAGUAUAUAUUUAAACUCGUAUAUAUUUAAACUAGCCUGCAAAUUAGUACGAAGCAGACCUCGAGCGUGGGCGGGAUUCUAGCGAGGUCGGAUAGCCUGUUGUGCAUAGCUAUCUCACCUAUCUGGCAGUGACAUAUAUCUAACACAAG